AUGGAUAAUGGUUGUAUUAUGUGUGGCAAUGAUCUGGAAAUCCGUGACCAUCUUUUUGCUAAUUGUUCCUUUGCUAAGGAAGUUUGGGAUGCUAUUCUUGUUUCUUGUGAGAUUUGUUCUGGUUUGUACAGCUGGGGUGACCGAAUGGAUUGGUUGGUUGAGAACUUGAGAGACAAUGAAGAAGGAAUUGCACAUGCAAUAAUAAGAGGAAAGAUAGACUUUGAAAGGGAUCCAUGGCCUAAGGUUUCUGAGGAAACGAAGGAUCUUGUUAAGAGAAUGCUGGACCACGAUCCUAGAACUCGGAUAACUGUUCAGCAGGUUUACGAACAUCCAUGGAUACAAAACUUGGAACAUGCUCGAAAUGUGAAUCUUGGAGAACGCGUGAGAGCAAGGAUUAAGCAAUUCUCAUUGAUGAACAAGUUCAAGAAGGAAGUUCUUAGGGUGGUAGCAGACAACUUGCAGAAUGAACGAGUGGAUUCAAUCAAAGAGAUGUUUAAUAUGAUGGACACUGACGAAAGCGGGAACUUGACAUUCGAGGAACUUGAGAUGGACUUAAGAAAAUCUGGCAUUCUCUCGAUGAUCCUGAUGUUCAGAUGUUAA